UGGAAUGAAAUGUUUGUUACAGUUACAACAGUUUGGUUAAACUGACCGAGACGGAUUUUUCUCACCUGGAGAAGCUGGAGUUGUUGAUGCUGCACAGUAAUCAGAUACACACGAUCCAUGACAGGACAUUCUCCGAUUUACAUUCAUUACAGAUCUUAAAAAUGAGCUAUAACAAAGUCAAAGUUAUUCAAGCAGAUACUUUUCACGGCCUCACAAGUUUGGUACGCUUACACAUGGAUCAUAAUCAAAUCGAAUUUGUAAGCCCAAAAGCUUUCUAUGGUCUUACGUCACUGAGGCUGGUCCACUUGGAAGGAAAUGUACUUAAACAACUUCACCCCGACACUUUUGUCACCUUACGCUACAUCCAGAUAUUCAAAACAUCUUCCGUAAAGCAUGUCUACUUGUCUGACAACUUCCUUACUUCACUGCCACAAGAUAUUUUCUCUUACAUGUCUGAGCUAGAGAGCCUCUACCUUCAUGGAAACCCCUGGGCUUGUGAUUGUGCACUGAAGUGGUUUGCUGAGUGGGCAGAACAUCAUCCAGAUGUUGUAAAGUGCAAAAAAGACAAAGGUCCUUCUGGUGUCCUACAAUGUCCAAUGUGCUCCAGUCCUAGGAAUUCCAAAGGCAAACAGUUAGCAGAGAUUCAGUCUUCGGAUUUUAAAUGUGUUAAGCCAACCAUUGACCCAGUCUUAAAAUUCAAGAACAUCACGGUGCCAGAUGAUGGCGACUUCACUUUAGUCUCCUCUAAGGAUUUCAUUGCUCCCAUAGGAUCUAUCAUGUUAAACAUGACAGAUCAAGCAGGGAACCAAGCAAGCUUGGUUUGCAGUGUGCAGAAGCCUACGAAGAUUCCCCCUGUACAACUUGAAAAAAAUGAAAACAUAGUACUUGAAGCAUCCCUAUCAACAUUUCUUGUGUGCAGCAUUGACUAUGAGCAUAUUCAGCAACUGUGGAGCAUACUGGCCCUGUACAGUGAUUCUCCCUUAAAACUGACAAGGGAUCUCUUACUGACAAAAGUGCCUUAUAUCAGUUAUAAGUACAAACAGACACAAAUAGAUUCUGAAAAUGAAGACAUUUUCACAAAUAUAGAAGCUGAAAUGAGAGCUGAACCUCCUUGGCUGAUGCAGGACCAUGUGUCGUUGCGAUUAGACAGGACAGCAACCACACUCAGCACUUUGCAUGUUCAAUAUUCAAUGGACGCUCAAAUCACUCUUCCGGUUAUUGCUCCUCAAAGAGAAAUGCAAAACUGGGCUAUGAUGUUACGAGUCAACAGUACGAGGACUGAACACACUGUUUUGGCAGGCAGAUCUGUGGAACUGGACUGUCAGGCCCUUGGCGAUCCUCCUCCUAUCAUUGAAUGGGUUUUACCUGAUGGGAGCAAAGUUAGAGCCCCAUAUGUUAGUGAAGAUGGGAGAAUUGUGAUAGCAAAAACUGGCAAAUUUACAUUAAGCACAGCCGACAAUUUUGACACUGGAGUUUAUCACUGUAUAGGAACCAAUUAUGAUGAUGCUGAUGUCCUGUCUUUUAGGAUUACCGUGAUUGACCCUUAUAUGGAACACAACUAUUUAAAUGGACGUCAGCUCUCAGCAUUUUUAGGUGAAACAUUAUUCCUUCCGUGCCAGUCUACCGGUGUCCCAGAUGCAUCUGUUCAUUGGGUCUCACCCGAGCAUGUGGUUCUUGAUCAUUCUUCAAAGAACAAGAUACUUUUGCACAAUGGUACAUUAAAAAUACAACUAAUGAGAGACCGGGAUGGUGGCUACUACAAGUGUAUAGCAGCCAAUCAGUAUGGUGUUGAUUUUUUGGUUCAUCAGGUACUCGUUCAAAAAAAUUCAAACAGGUCACAAAAACUAGAUAAUCACAAAGAGGCUGCUGAAGGCUCCGGCAAUGGAGAACUUGAUGUUGUGGCCAGAACCCAAAGCCCUCCUUCUGCAGUGCAAACCCACGGUACCAGCCAGGCAUCUACUGAAGUUUUGUUUACAAACCGUCCCAUCCUAAAGAGCACUAAUAAUAACUACAGAGAGAUUUACAAGCAUAACAGAAACAAGAUGACCAGACGGCUUCGAGGACACAGAAGACAAUUUAGUCCUUCCACUAGGAGAAUUGAUCCAUUGCGUUGGGCAGCAUUUUUGGAAAAAACAAAGAAUACUACACUGCCACGAAAACAAGAAAAUGCCACGAUGAAGCCAACAGUGAAAGUCCUUCUGUCCUCAAAGAUUUCUGCAAAUGAAAUGGAAAUGUCUGGAGAUAUUCCUCCAGAGGAAGAAUUUCUGAUACUAGUGACUAAAAGGCCUGCAAUGUACACACUGGGAGAAGCAGCAGGAAAUGUAGUGACAGCAGAACUUGGAAGCAUACCGAGUAAUUUUCACUCUGAGGCAGGAUUUGGCAUUGCCACAGAAGCCAUAACUCCAUUUGGCAGCCUGAUGGUUGCUCAUACUGAGGGGUCAAAGAACGAGGAUUCAUAUACAGAACUUAAGCCUGAAAUUAUCAGGGGAGCUUUGGAGGCAUUUCAACCACCACCUACUAGUAUGGAAUCAUCGAGUCCACCCUCUUUCUUGCUUAGUAGUACAGCAGAUUCACUGAACGCUUUCCCUUCUGGGAAAAACGAUUUGCAUUUAAAAACGACACCAACAGUAACACCAGCCAUGCAGGUUGCUAAGAGUGCCAGCCUUGUAUCUUCCCAUGGAGUUACUAAAAAGCCUAAUUUAUUUGUAGAAGCCACUGAUAAAACACCAAGAAAAUCAAAUCAUCAGCUGCCUGUAAUGACAGUACGUGCACCAGAUGAUGUAUUUGGACAUAUUUAUGUUUAUAGUACACAAAAAAUAACAACACCUCAACUACCUGCAGGCACGACCAUUAUUGCUCAUCAGCAGAUUAAGAUAGUUAGGGAUACCACGCCUCGUGUUCCACUCUCCAGACGAUAUGGCAGACGAAAGAAAAUCUCAGCUAGAAGACGAAUAGUUAUACCUGAUCGUAUUCCCAAUGGUGUAGGACGUAGAUUUGCUUUCGUUAGACCAAGAAUUGCUAAGGAAAGCACAGCACUGCCUCCUCUUGUAGAAAUGGCUGUUCCUACCUUGACUCCAUGGAACAAAUCUCUUGAACACAUUACUGUCCAACCACCUAUUUCCACUUUAUUCACAGUGUAUCAUCCUGAAACAACAACUGUAAAUCCAAUCUUGACACACUCUUCCAGUCCAGGAAAUAAACCAGUCACAGCUGAAGAACAUAUAGCUUCAACAGCAAUUCCUUUCUAUCCUGAAAGUACCCGAAUUGUACCACAAAGGCAAGUAAAAACUUAUACUCCAUCACAGACAGUUACUGAUACAUAUCCAUCACUUAGCAGUAGUCUGCCAGCAGAGACAAUCUACACCCCUAGUUCUGCCAUGGAAAUUAAAUCUACCACGGGCAGUCCUUUACUUUCGGGCAUUAAAUCAGUUCAUCCCACUCCUAGAACACACUUGUCUCCCAGGGUUUCAACAGAGAAAAUUUCUUGGCGGGUUGUAAAUUCCUUUGGAAGCAACGGUUUUCAACAAGAACUACUGAAAAAGCAACCUAGACUGCAGACAGGUGAAGACCGUGACGCAUAUUUCCAAAUUACAGGACCAACACCAACAAUAACAGUUUUGCCUGUACAUGUAACUGCUGUUUCAAAACAGGAGAACCAAACAGAUAGACUCAGAAACCUGAUUGACCCCAUAAGUGAAAACACUGUGCUUGAAGGACAACCCCUCAGCAUUACAGAACUACCAUCUUCAGCCUCUGUUUCCAAUCUUGCAGUGCCUCUAAGCAAGGGCAUUCACAGCACAAGCAUCAAGGCAGUUCUGACUCCAUCUACCCCUGUUCACUCUAAAGCAAAAGUUUCCAGAAUCAAGGUGUUGAGGCCAGGAAGGAGAAGAACUCAAAGGAGGAAGAGGCCUUUAAGAAGGUUUAUGCACUCACCCAAAACCAUUACUGUCAAUACUGGAGUUGCUGCUGCUCCGUCCAAAGGAACUGUGGCUUUGCUUCACUUAGCAGCAGAUAAAAAGGUAACAGAGUCUACUUCCCCCAUAUCCACUGAACUGCUUUCUCGAUACACUGGUACAGACACAAUAGCAACUACGCCUCAACCACCAGUUUUUCGCACAACCGGUAUAAUCAGAGGUACAUCCACAAUCACUCCUCAGCUAUUAACAAGGAAUACCACCACUGAAAAUUCUCUCUCUACUAAGCUACCGGCGUAUAAUGGGCCUUCUCAAAAACCUGCCACUGCAAUCCCACUCACAGUAUCAUCCUUGAAUAUUUCAGGCAUGACCACAGUACCACCAGCCACAUCCUUGUUAACACCAGCAUCAGUGUCAACCAAACCUAUGCACGCUGUGUCAGUAGCAGAUAAGGAAUCAUACCAGAAUGUGGAAAGAAAACCUGCUAACGAAAAUCCCACAACCGAAGCAGCCCUUCCUGCUAAAGCUGAGCUGAGCAUCAAAACUCCUACUGUUGCAGGAUUUCCUACCACGCAGCAACCAAGUCAGUUGACUUCCCAAACAUUAGUCACACCUGUAACACAAACCACAGCAUCUCCCAGGUGGGGGGAAAAGUUCUGGCAUGCACCAUCUCCUAAAACUGCAUCAAGUGGCAAAACUUUCCUGGUCAACUCCUUGACCGUGUUGAACUCUCCACAGAGCUUUACUCAGCAUACUCCCAUGUGGGAGAAAAAGAAAAACAGUUACCUUAGAGGUUGGUCUGAGAAGACAACAGACCUGGAAACCACAACCACCAAUCUGGUUGCCCUAGAACAUUUCCAUCACACCAGGCUAGCCAAACCCAGGAUAAUUGGGGGGAAACUUGCGGCAUUUACUGUCCUGGCGAAUUCUGAUGCCUUUAUCCCUUGUGAAGCAAUUGGUAACCCUCGGCCAACAAUACGCUGGACCAAAAUAUCAUCAGGGGCUGAAGCCCUGAAACAAAAACAUGACAACAGAUUUGAGGUUCUUCCCAAUGGCACUCUCUCCAUUGAGAAUGUGAACAUCCAGGACCGUGGACAGUACCUGUGUGUGGCUGCCAACCAGCAUGGCUCCGACAAACUUCUCGUCACAUUGUCUGUGGUGGCCUAUCAGCCUAGAAUCCUGGGAGGAAGGUCGAAGAUAAUUACUGUUCACCCUAACAAGCCUGUGUUCUUGAAAUGUACAGCUGAAGGCCAUCCAACCCCUAUCAUUUCCUGGAUCCUUGCUAACAAAACAUACAUCUCACAAUCUUCUGUGGGAAAUGAGGCAGCUUUUGUGCAAGCAGAUGGGACCCUGAUGAUAAAGAAAGUCAGCAUGUACGACAGAGGGGUUUACACCUGCACGGCAAGCAACCCAGCAGGUUCGGAUUCGGUGGUAAUAAGGCUGCAAGUAAUUGCUGCCCCACCCAUAAUACUGGAAGAAAAGAGACAGCAUAUCGUAGGGAGUGUGGGGGAAAGCUUGAAGCUUCCCUGCACUGCCAAAGGAAGCCCUCAUCCAAAUGUUCACUGGGUCCUCUUUGAUGGAACUGCAGUGAAACCUUUGCAGUAUAUAAAUGGCAAGCUUUUCCUAUUCCCUAAUGGAACUCUUUACCUCAAGAAUAUAGCUACAUCUGACAAAGGAAAGUAUGAAUGCAUAGCUACCAGCUCCACCGGUUCUGAGAGGAGAGUGGUAAUACUUCAGGUAGAACAUAGUGAUACAAUCCCUAGAAUUGCAGAUGCAUCGCAAAGAAUGACUCAGCUGAAUUUUGGGGACAGGUUGCUUCUGAAUUGCUCAGCUAUGGGAGAGCCAAAGCCCAGAAUAAUUUGGAGAUUACCUUCCAAAGCUGUUGUCGACCAGUGGCACAGGUAG